UUUGCAAUCUGAAUGUAUCUGUCGUAGGCAGACUUAGGGGCUCUUCACACAUUCUCACUUUCCCACUGUAAGAUUUUUUAAUUGGUUGGACUAUGGAAACAUGCAGACUAUUAUGCAGAAAUAUUUUGUGCCAAUGCCUGGCACCAACACCCCAUGUCAACUUAAAAACAGUUAUGCUAUUAAAAACUCACAUCAUAACCACAAUAUGACAGUAGGUAGCCGACUCUGUAAUUCAAUUAAAAUCCCUGAUGGCUGGAGGAGCAUGUUUAUUAUUUUUUAAAAUAAUUAUUUAUAUUUUUAAUAUUGACACAUAUAUUUUACUUAUAAAUUAAAAUUAUGCAUUUAGCAGACGCGUUUUUUUCAAAGCAACUUACAAUGCGUUCAGACUAUCAAUAUUUACCUAAGAUGUGUUCCCAGGGAAUGGAACCCCCAACCUUGCGCUUCAUAGCUUCAGUCUUCAUUUUUCAUCUAAACACAUUUGUCAACAGUAGCCUACUAAUCAUUUUUAGGUGUGGAAAUUUACUUUAUAUCACGGAGUGAAUAAUGUUGAGAGAGGCACGUUUUUUAGUUCUUGGCUCGCCCACUGCUCUUCUGACAUUUUGAAAUACACAGGGCUUUGGGAAUGACGACGUACUGAUAGGCGUUAUUUAUUGGGGACCCAUCGUCCGUUGACAGAUGGUAACUUAAAGAGAGAGCAGUAAACAGAUAUUGGCGAAGGCGGUGCCCUUACAAACUGAAAGCUCGUGUCAAAGCGAGGAAAUUUUGAGCGCGGCAGGAACACACUAAAAAAGUGUUAUUAGAGGCUGACUUGCUGCACAUUCGGACAUUGUGCCCUGGAUUACCCACUUUAGGAGCGCCAUGACUUGGCAAACAAAUGCAGUGUGCUAGGAUGGAAGGAAUAUGGGUUCAGUGAUCGGUAAGCGCACGUAAACAAAUCUAUAUAGAGUGCGGGCAGGCUGGAAAACCUGAACAGGUGGCAUAUCUCGGGACAUACACGUCAAGUGGAGCUGAGGGACAGCUUGCAUCUUUCCGUUAAUCUCUUCCUGACGAAAGCUUUUCAACCCCUCUCCGCCUCGUCGGGAAACACUUCAUUUCGCGAAGUCUAGCUGCUAUUUUCCAGUGCUGACAGCACGGGUUCCGGUGUCUUGCAGAAUUCUUAAGAUGCACAUGGAAGUUGCCUUCUGGAUUUAAUAACGAACGCGUUCUUUCUUUCUCAUGCCAUAUGCCUUGUGACUUGGAUGCGUUAAAUAUCCACGUGUCAAAAAGCGACAUGUUUCCUGAAAUUAAUAACAAGUCAGCCAGACCCGAGGCUUUCCCUCACCCCCACAGGGCUCAGGCCGAGAACACAAAAAUAGGACCCAACUGCACCUACCCACAGAAGUGUGGGACGGGGGUUGGUACUUUGCCCCAGCUAGAGGCUCCGGUCAAGCAAGUUUUGGUGACCAAUGGCAAACUUCUGCAUUCGAAUGGAACCUUACCCAGUAUCGUCAAACAGUUGGUGCAAAGCACUCAAGGGAAUCAGGAGGAGAGGCCGAGGCCGCAGUUUCCCAAUCGCUUCGGUUCAUCCGUGGAAAACCUCUCCGAAUCCUUAACCAGGAGCAUCAUCAAUAAGUUUGAGAAGAUCAGGACAUAUGAAGGACAGAGGCUGCCUAUGACUCCAACAACGGCACUGAAGCACUUCCAGAACCAGCUAACAGAAUUUGAGAGGGAGGAGAUCAUGGACUACUCUGAGAUCUGGUAUCUGGGUUUGGACACUAAGAAGAUUGAGGGCUCCCAGGGAUCCCCACAGAAUUCAGGCUAUGACGACGAGCAUGGCAGCUACUUAAAGGUCCUGCAUGACCAUAUAGGCUAUCGCUAUGAAGUUCUUGAGGUGAUUGGAAAAGGAUCAUUUGGCCAAGUCUUGAAAUGUUUGGAUCACAAGACAAAUGAGAUGGUGGCCAUCAAGGUCAUUCGGAAUAAAAAGAGGUUCCAUCAUCAGGCUCUUGUAGAGCUGAAGAUCCUAGAUGCCGUGCGGAGAAGAGACAGAGAUAAUUGCCACAAUGUCAUUCACAUGAAGGAGUACUUCUACUUCCGCAACCACCUGUGCAUCACCUUUGAGCUGCUAGGAGCGAACCUCUACGAGCUUAUUAAGAAGAACAACUUCCAGGGCUUCAGUCUGGGGUUGAUUCGCCGUUUUGCUCACGCACUGCUCAAGUGCCUCCAGAUGCUGCACAAAGAGAAGAUCAUCCACUGUGACCUAAAACCGGAGAACAUUCUCCUGUCCCAGAGGGGACAAGGAAACAUUAAGGUUGUUGACUUUGGAUCAAGUUGCUAUGAGCAACAGAGAGUGUACACUUACAUUCAGAGCCGCUUCUACCGCUCACCAGAGGUGAUUCUGGGCCAUCCGUACAGCAUGGCAAUAGACAUGUGGAGUCUGGGCUGCAUUUUAGCAGAGCUGUACACUGGCUAUCCCCUCUUCCCAGGAGAGAGUGAAGUGGAGCAGAUCGCCUGUAUCAUGGAGAUUAUGGGACUUCCUCCAAAUGACUUUGUUCAAACAGCAUCAAGACGGAGGUUAUUUUUUGAUUCCAAAGGUAACCCAAGGAAUAUCACCAAUAGCAAAGGGAAGAAACGUCGACCCAACUCAAAAGAUCUUGCCAGCCUGCUGAAGACCAAUGAUCCUCAGUUUCUUGACUUCAUUCGACGCUGCCUUGUGUGGGACCCCACAAAACGCAUGACACCUGAUGAAGGGCUGCAGCAUGAAUGGAUCACAGAGGGACGUCUCAACAAGCUCCAUCCUAAACCUCGGCCUAUCCGGAAAGACAGUGACAACAAUUAUGAAAUCACUUACCGCAAAGCGACUUUAAACAGGACAGGCAAGGCUGAUAAAUCUGGUUCUGAUGACAAAAUUAAGAGGGUCAGUGACACUUCAAGCAAAGGAGGCAAGAUGGCAUCAGAAGAGCGUCUGCGUCCUAUAGGAGCAUCAGACGAUGAAGAAAAGAGUGAAGAUACAGGCAAAAGUGUGAGCAAGGAUAGCAAGUCGGAUUCAAGUGGAGAGCGGUCUGUUCAGAUCAUCAUCAAACCUCAGACAGGCUCAAGCACUGAUUCUUCAGAAGGACAGGAGCCUCAGUUUCUCCCUCCUAUUGUAUAACACCCUUAAGAAAAGAACGAGAAAUGUUUUUAUAGCAUAUGGUUUAUACUUCAGCCGCUUGGUCUGGACUUACCUAU